CAACCCCAAAGCGCACAAGAGGAGAAUAAGAGUUUGCGUUGUGAUUGAUUGAUCAUUGUUCAUUGAUUGGGUUAUUAUGAAGUCAUACAAAUUGUCAGAGCUGAGUGAUGCUGAGCUUCGCAGCCUCAUCGCUCGCCCUCGCAUUGAUUUCUCUUCGGUUUUCGCUCUGGUCAACCCUAUCGUUGACCACGUUCGCGAAAGAGGCGAUGCUGCUGUCAAAGAAUACACAUUGAGAUUCGACAAAGCUGAAUUGGAUAACAUCGUUGAACUUGUCUCCGACCUUCCUGAUCCACAACUCGAUGCGCAUGUUAAGGAAGCUUUUGAUGUCGCCUACAACAAUAUAUAUGCCUUUCAUGCUGCUCAGAAGACACCCGAGAGAAAUGUUGAGAAUAUGAAAGGAGUCCAAUGCAAGCGAGUUGCAAGAAGUAUUAAUUCUGUUGGUCUUUAUGUUCCAGGGGGAACUGCUGUAUUACCCUCAACAGCUCUGAUGCUUUCAGUUCCUGCACAGAUUGCUGGAUGUAAAACUAUUGUCCUUGCAACUCCUCCAGCUCAGGAUGGUACUAUAUGCAAGGAGGUAGUGUAUUGUGCAAAGAAGGGUGGGGUGACUCACAUCCUUAGAGCUGGAGGAGCUCAGGCCAUAUCUGCCAUGGCUUGGGGAACAGAAACUUGUCCCAAGGUUGAGAAAAUUUUUGGCCCAGGAAACCAAUAUGUCACAGCUGCAAAAAUGAUACUACAAAACAGUGAAGCCAUGGUUUCAAUUGACAUGCCAGCUGGUCCAUCUGAAGUUUUAGUCAUUGCCGACAAGCAUGCGAUUCCUCGUCAUGUAGCUGCUGAUUUGCUUUCCCAGGCUGAGCAUGGUCCUGAUAGUCAGGUUGUGCUUGUGAUUUCUGGUGAAGGUGUGGAUCUGAAUGUUAUAGAAGAGGAACUCAACAAGCAGUGCCAGAGUCUCCCAAGAGGAGAGUUUGCUGCUAAGGCCCUAAGCCACAGUUUUAUUGUUUAUGCACAUGAUAUGCUUGAGUCAAUCAAGUUCUCAAACUUAUAUGCACCCGAACAUCUAAUUGUCAACACGAAUGAUGCAGAGAAGUGGGAGGGUUUUAUUGAGAAUGCAGGUUCUGUAUUUUUAGGGCCGUGGACACCAGAGAGCGUUGGUGAUUAUGCAAGUGGGACAAAUCAUGUUCUUCCCACUUAUGGUUAUGCAAGGAUGUAUGGUGGUGUUUCAUUGGAUUCUUUCUUGAAGUUCAUAACUGUGCAAUCUCUCACAGAAGAAGGCCUAAGAAAACUCGGGCCAUAUGUCGUUACCAUGGCAGAAGUUGAAGGUCUUGAUGCCCACAAGCUAGCAGUUACCCUAAGGCUUGAGGACAUAGAAGUCAGGCAGGUAUCAACAUGACAUGAUAAUCUACGAGUCAACGUUAAUCAUUGUUGAGUUUUUCGAAGAUCGUAAGGGAGAAAGUGGUCAGUGCAAAGCAAAGAGCUUUGAUACCAUAUUUGAGAUCUAGAGUUCAGAGAAACUAGAAAGAAAGUGAGAUAAAAUUGAGAAAAAUGUAUUUCUAUAUUGAAUCAGUUACAAUUGUUGAGUUACUCAUAUUUACUGUUGAGCUCGACUCAUAAGUACAGUUAUAACUGAAUUAGAGAGACCAACAGUCACUGUAGCUCAACUGUCGAUAACUACUACUAAAUAAUAGAAAUGGUCCCCGAGUAAAUUACUAUUCUCAUGUUACAUAAUUGGGUAAAA